CACAAUUUGAAACCCACGUAAAAAUGUAAUUGUUAUUCUCGGUAGCGCAGUCAAUCUGACACAAUUACCCAGCAAUACGGUGCGUAGUGUGUGGAAAUCCGUGAAAGUGUUGUGCACCGAACAUUGAAAACACGAAAAACUUAUAAGGGACAUCGCGACGCAAUUUCGCUGGGAUCUCACUUGUUGCGUAUUGAGACGUAAUUUCGUUUUAGGUGUCGCCUAUGGGACAAAAUAACAAUUUACUGUAAAAAAGUGUGUGAGAUUUAUCGCAAAUUUAAACAAAACGAGUUGUGUUCGGUUUUUGAGUUGCUUACACCUCAAAAAAAUAUUUUAUUCCUAUUCGAUAAAUAUUGAGAAUUUGUGGAGGUGGCACGCCCCCUAGCGACCAUUGACCGAACUAGAUCAAAUACUACUCGAAAGUGGACGAGUGUUGAACGGCAUGAAGAAAAACGUCAAAUAUGGAGUAAAUGUGAAGUUAAAGUGAUUCAGUGCGUAAAAUAAGUGCAGGAAAGAUGUGCGGCUAGGUGCGGGUGUGAUAAAAAUGCAUCGAAACAGUACGAGAACUUUGUAAACAAACUUAGCAACAUUGCCGUGCAAGAUGGCUGUAUAUUAAGGACCUCUUUGUCCGUAUGUCAGUAUGAAAGUUGAGCUGUUUGCCCAAGGAAGGAUAGAGAGGGAAUGCAUGACAUGUUCAUCUCAUCCCAACAACAGCUGGUCUCGUCGAAUAGCAACAACGGACAAGUGCAACAACAUAACAACGCGCAGCAGCAACAACAACAACAACACGUCACCCAACUGCAGCAGCAGCAAUCGAAAAAGCGCAAAACAGCGACGCAGUUCCAGCAACAGGGCGAAUUCGGCGGCAACGGCACCGUUGCCGCGACGACCGAGGGCGUUUACGGGAUCGCGGGUAGCGCCGGCAACGUCGCCGGCUUCUGCGCAGUAACGCAAGCGCAGGUUUUCGGCUGCGCGAAGUCAGAUGCGUUCGGCAGCCCGGUCGCGCAGCAGAAUCAGCAACCGUUUGUUCGCGCGUCCACCAUCAAGCUGCUAGACACGUAUCAGCGCUGCGGACAAAAGCGUAAAACGUGGUCUCCAGAAGGUAAUGGUGAUAGCUGCGUUGGCGAAGUGCUCACACGUACCACAACAACCAGCAACAUCAACAACAACAACAACAACACGACGACUACAUCAGCAACGACAAACAACAACAACAACAACAACACAAUUACAAACAGCACGCAGACGGGCGGCAGCGUCGAGUUCGCCGGUGCGGGCAGCGGCGGGGCGGGGGCGGCACCCGGAGCGGGCGGCGGCGGCGGCGGGCAGCUCGCCACCACCACCACCACGACGGCGCACAGCAAGGUGCAGGCGGCUCCGGGGGCCACAAACCCCCAGCCGCAAGGUAAGAAAAAAUGCACCGGGAGCGGCUCGGACGGCGACUAUCAGCUGGUCCAGCACGAGGUCCUCUACUCGAUGACCAAUCAGUACGAGGUGCUCGAGUUUCUUGGUCGCGGCACCUUCGGCCAGGUGGUCAAGUGCUGGAAAAAGGGCACCAAUGAGAUCGUCGCGAUCAAGAUCCUGAAGAAUCAUCCCUCCUAUGCCAGACAAGGACAAAUAGAGGUGAGCAUCUUGUCGCGACUCAGCCAAGAAAAUGCGGACGAGUUUAACUUCGUGCGCGCUUACGAGUGCUUCCAGCACAAGAACCACACGUGUUUGGUGUUCGAGAUGCUCGAGCAAAAUCUCUACGACUUCCUCAAGCAGAACAAGUUCAGCCCGCUGCCGCUCAAAUACAUCCGGCCCAUUCUGCAGCAGGUGCUAACAGCGUUGCUGAAACUCAAGCAACUCGGUUUGAUACACGCCGACCUGAAGCCCGAGAACAUAAUGCUGGUGGACCCGGUGCGGCAGCCGUACCGCGUCAAGGUGAUCGACUUCGGCAGCGCCUCGCACGUCAGCAAGGCGGUGUGCAACACGUACCUUCAGUCGCGGUACUACCGCGCCCCCGAGAUCAUCUUGGGCUUGCCCUUCUGCGAGGCGAUAGACAUGUGGUCGCUGGGCUGCGUGGUCGCGGAACUCUUCCUGGGCUGGCCUCUGUACCCCGGAUCGUCGGAGUACGAUCAGAUUAGGUAUAUCUCGCAGACGCAGGGGUUGCCUACCGAGCACAUGCUGAAUAAUGCCUCCAAAACGACAAAGUUCUUCUACAGAGACAUGGACAGCACGUAUCCCUUCUGGAGGCUCAAGACUCCGGAGGAGCACGAGGCUGAGACGGGCAUCAAGUCGAAGGAGGCGCGGAAGUACAUUUUCAAUUGCUUGGACGACAUCGGACAGGUGAACGUGCCGACGGACUUGGAGGGCGGACAGCUGCUGGCGGAAAAAGUCGACAGGAAGGAGUUCAUCGAUCUGCUCAAGAGGAUGCUCACAAUGGACCAGGAACGUCGCACGACCCCGGGCGAGGCUCUGAACCACCCGUUCGUGCGGUUGGCGCACCUGGUCGAUUACGCGCACUGCAACAACGUGAAAGCCAGCGUGCAGAUGAUGGAGGUGUGCCGAAGGAACGACUACAGCGCCCCCAGCGCCGCCUCGCACCACCAGCCGGCGCAGCAGGCGCCCUCCUUGGUGGCCAACUUCGUGCCCAACUCCAACGGCAACGUCACCUUCACCAUCAACAACCAGCUCACCAACCAGGUGCAGCGGCUGGUCAGGGACAGGUCCGGAUACGACAAUCUGUACCAGAUCUACAACGGCAGGACGGUGGGUCGGCAGUACGCGACCGCCAGCCGCGCCGACCCGUUCCAGCACCAGCUCGUCUCGAGCAUCUUGUGUCCUGCUGGCUAUCAGGGCAUGGGCGGCUCGCCCGCCAAGCACGUGACGGUGGUGCAGCAGCCGCAGCUGCAAAUUCAACCGCCGAUACUGAGCCAACCCGGCCAGCAGCAGUACGUGCCCGUCAGCGUGGUGGAGCCCAGCGGCAGGCAGAUGCUGCUAACGAACGCCGUGCAAACGUCGUGGCCGACGAAUCGCCAGCAAAUGGCCAUCGUGCCGUCGUGGCAGCAAAUUCCCACGCAGCACGCGGCCAUGCAGCAGCCGCUGCUGUCGGAGGCCGAAUGGGGCCGCCCCCUGCUGGUCGAUUCUUCCGCCAUCUUGCAGGAACAACGUCCAGUGUUUCCCGUAGACGUGGCGACAGAGGUGUACAACCCCGCCAUAGUGGAGCACCUGAACAACUGGGGCACGACGGGCAAAAGGUCGUCGAAAAAUCACCACGUGCAGCAGAACGGCCAUCACGGUCAUCACCUGAUGGUGCCCACGUCGCACCACAGGUCGCACCACGACAAGAAGGAGCAGACGCAGCUGAGUCCCGUGAAGAAGAGGGUCAAGGAGGGCACGCCCCCUAGCGAGCAGGUGGCCUACAGAAGGAACCACAGCAGUCCGGGCAACAACGGCCACUGGCAGCAUCAGCAGGUGACCCAGGACCACCACACGCAGACCCACAACAGCCACCACAACCACCACGGUGGCAGCCACAACAACAACCACCACCAUCACCACCACCCGCACUCGGGGUCGGGCGGCAACGGCAACGCGGCCGGCGGCGGAAACGGGCGACAGCACACGAUCACGAUAAACGACACGCCGUCGCCGGCCGUGUCGGUGAUCACGAUCAGCGACAGCGAGGACGAGACGGUGACGAAGCGCGAGCAUCAGAGCGGCCGGACCAACAACAAUAACAACGCCGCUGCGCACCAGCAGCAGCAGCCGGCUGCGCAGGUGCAGCACGUGGCAACGCCGCGCAAGAACGUCAUCAGCUGCGUCAGCGUGCAGGAUAGCGACAACGAAGACAGGAGCUCAUCCAAACAUUUCAUCCAGCAACAAAUAAAAAACGAGCCGAUAUCGAGCAACAACUCGACGACGAACUCGUCCUCGAACGGCGGCUACGCCUCGCAGAAGAAGCGCCUGCUGGCCAAAGCGCAGUCCGAGUGCAUGCUGAACGUGGCGACCAAGCAGGAACCGAACGGCGACUACCGCUCGGACGGGUACGCGCACCAGCAGUCCGCGCAGCAGCAGCCGCAGCUGCAGCAGUGCAACAGCUCGUGCAAGGAGCCGGCGCCCGCGCAGUACCACUACGAGCAGCCGCACUACGACUCGAAGCGGGUGUCGUGGGCGGCGCCGCCCGCCGCCCACGGCCGCCGCCACCCCAACGUCCCCGCGCCACCUGUCGCCCAUAGUACGAGGGACUCUCUAAAUGUCGCGAGGGAGCCGCAUCUGCUUGCCCCUGGCAAGGGGUGGGGUCCUCCACAGGGAAUCCACCACCAAAGUUACAGACAUGGUUCGGCGCAUCUGUCGCCGCAGCCGCUGGGUGGCGGCGGUCCGCCCCGCCUCUCGCCGCAGCACCCGCUGGCGGCGGCGGCCGGCCAGCCGCUCUACCACCAGACGGAGCUCUACAGGCGACCGGUGUACGUCACUACCGCGCAGCCGGCCUAUUUGCCGGCAGCGGUGCCGCAACCGGGCAGGGCUUUACCGCCCCCGCCGGCGCACCACUCGAGCGCGCGUCCCGUGCUCGCCGCCCACCCGAGCCACCCGCUCCCCGCGCACCUGCAGUUCCCGUCGCACGCCUCGUACGGCUUCGCGCCCCUCUCGCCAGCCAAGAGCCACCAGUACCAGCAGGCCAGCCUGUGGUUCGCCGAAUAACCCCAGCUGCUGAUCGCCUCCAGAGGGCGCCACAGUUCCUUCUCGCGAUUCGUUUCGUUUUGCGAGUGACUUUCCCGCGGGAUUUUACUUUUCCUUUUUGUUCUUGUACAUAGUUAGUUUUUUUAAUUAUUUUGUCUAUAAGUGAUAGUAGUCUCUAAGACCAACACGUUUAAUUUUAUUAUUACCGCUUUACGUUACUUCUACAACAACAGCAGCAGUUAUUUUUUCCUUUAUGGUGUUUGUGUUACAAUUAUUAUCGAGUUACGUUUUUUAUUUUAUAAUUAUUGCAAUUAACGAGCGGUUUUUUUUAAUUAACAUACUGCCUUUCUUUUUAUCUUAUCUUGCUGUAUAGUGGUUCAGUUACUAAUUAGUCAUACUUUUAAUUAUUAAUUUUUAAUUUCCUUCCUUUUUGUACAUAACAGUACAUAGUGAUAGGUUUUAACAUUAUACGCAUUUUUUUUAACUAAUUAUUUUUAUGUGUAUUGUGUACAGCAACGUUAUUAAAAUAACUAGUCAAAAUAUUACAAGUACAUAAUCGAUAAUUUUCAACGUUCGUCCUGAAAAAUCAAAACAAUUUUAUUUUGUUUUAUUGCGCCGUCUUGCAAGGAUUUUGCGACAGGGACGGGAUAUUUUUUUUUAUAUAUUAUUUUCGCAUUUAAGAAAAAAUUGCCAAAUUGUCAAAAAUAUGACUUUUUUUUAGAUAAUUUUGCAUUUUUUUUGUAAAUGCGAAUUUUUCAGAAAAAUCACAUUCAUUGUUUUUUGGCAGUUUUCAACAUUGUUGGACAUCUUAACCACAAAAUAUCGCCAAUUUAGUUCAAGAAGGUGUUUCUUGAAAUUUAUGAUUAUUUCCUACAGAAAAUGAUGUCUAUGGAAAGCAAUAAACCAAUAAGAGCACUGCAUUUUCCACGGCACACUUAGUGCGCUGGAGAAUGUUUCCCAUAGACAAUAACAUCGCAAAUUUCAAGAAACACCCCCUGAACUCAAUUGGUAAUUUUUUGUGGGCAGUUUUCCAACAUUAUUGGACAUCUUAACAACAAAAUAUCACCAAAUUAGUUCAAAAAAGUGUUUAUUGAAAUUUACGAUUAUUUUCUACAGAAAAUGAUGUCUAUGAAAAGCGAUAAACCAAUUGGAGCACUGCAUUAUCCACGGCACACUUGCUGCAAGGAGAAUGCCGUGCUAGGAUUGGUUUAUUACUUUCCAUAGACAGUGAACUGAAUUGAUAAUUUGAGAUUAAAAAAUAUCUCAUCCCUAACGCAUUUUUUUUUAAAUUUUGUAAGACAGUGUUGUCCCUGUGUAUUACUAGACUUGCUUGAUUAUUGACUUUUCCGCUUUCAGAAUCGAAGCGGGACAACCCAGUAUUAAGUUUAUUAAUCGAUUUCAGGGCAGGACCGAAAACUAUCGAUUAACAUGUUCGGUGUUUAAAUAAAAUUAAAAAAAAUUGAUGUGCCUAUCAUAUUGGCUCUACGUUUAAAUAAACAUACUGCACUUUUAUUAUGUAUUGAAUGUAUUACACCGAUAUGUAACGAUAAUUGAGUCGCUAAAUAAAUAUAAUAGUUGUGAUAUUCGAAAAUGAUAAAUAACCGUUUUAAAUGUACGCGCGCUCCAAGUUGGCUGCCCUGGAUGGAAACGUCAAAAGUGACAGUAGAAACGUCAACGUGACGGUGGAAAUUUACGAGGUGAGCGUUGCGCGGUUGCCUAAUUUACGAUGGUGUUUUUAUUGUCUAAAUGUAAAACUAUUUUAUCUAGCCCUAGAUACAGUACUAUUACCUUUCUGAAACAACUCUGGAUUUCAUAGAGUAUUUAUUAUAAUUGUGUUAGGUGUACAAAUUUUAGAUGAAUAAUGAAAAUAUAUUAACAAUAAUUAUAUAUGGAGGAUAUUUUUGGAUUGUAGUAGGGUAGAAUUUUUCGGGUAAAUUAAUUAAUUAAUAAUAUUAUUUAUUAAUCGGAUGUUUAAGCGCUUUGUGUGUAGAGGAAAAGUCGGGCCAGUUAUAGAAAAAAAGCAAAUCUAUCGUCAAAACUGAAUUGGUAUUUUUUGUGGUCAUUUUGACAACAAUUUGAAAUUUAAGAUUAUUUUCUACAGAAAGUGAUGUCUAUGGAAAGCAAUAUACCAAUUAGAGCUCUGCAUUCUCCAAGGCACACUUGAUGCGAUGGAGAAUACCGUGCUAGGAUUGGUUUAUUGCUUUCAAUAGACUGUAACAUCGCAAAUUUCAAGAAACACCCCCUGAACUCAAUUGGUAAUUUUUUGUGGGCAGUUUUCCAACAUUAUUGGAGAUCUUAACGACAAAAUAUCGCCAGUUUAGUUCAAGAAGGUUGAAAUUUAUGAUUAUUUUCUACGGAAAAUGAUGUCUAUGGAAAGCAAUAAACCAAUUAAAUCACUGCAUUCUCCACGGCACACUUGAUGCGAUGGAGAAUGCCGUGCUAGGAUUGGUUUAUUGCUUUCCAUAGACUAUGGAAAGUUUUGACAACAUUUUCGUACAUUUGUACACUUACUGGCCCAUUUUGCAAAAAGCUGUCCAGUAAUAAACAUGCAUGUUUGAUGUUUUUUAGUCAUGUGCUCCCCCCAUACACACACACACACACUAACUUUAUAUCUAUGAUAGAUAAUCUAUCUCUUACUACACAAGUUUUAUUGAACUCAACAGUAUACUGUAAAUAUUUUUUUUUGCUUGGGCGGUGGAGAAUUUUUUUGAAAAAAUUUGAUCUUAUUUCUGUGAUUUAUCGAGAAAAUUUUAAUCAUUUGUAUAUAUCAUACGAGUUAGGUUCAUUGGGCGGUGUGAUUGAUCAAAUACCAGUGCAAUGACCAAAAAAAGUGAGGUUAGUUAAUGCUACGCAUGCGCAAUUUGCAUUAGGCGUGCGCGUUAGUUUAUUUGAUCAACUACAUGAGAAUAGCGUUUAUAUAUUAAAAAACAAAUAUAUUAUAUGUAUAUUGCCUUAAUAUCAGAACAAUAUUCUUAGAAAUUUAGAUGAUUAGGGGAAAUAUUUUUAAAAAAAUUUGCUCUGGUUUUAUUAUUACAUGUUGCACAGGGUGAAAUAUUAAAAUGUAUAUUACAGCGAAUUAUAAAAAGUAGUUGCCAAAAAUUAUGCUUUUAUUUUUUGGUUAUUUGGAAAAGACUGGUCUAUUGUAUAAAGCUAUUUUAUUUCUUACGCAGUAUUACCUAUUGAAGUAAUAUUUUUGAAUUGUUGAAGCUAGGGGCUUUGAAAUAUCAAAAAGUAUAUUAAAAAUAAAUCGAUCAGCACAAUAAAUACUGAAUUACCUCAUCAUGUUUACCUUGAACAGUUUGAAAAUAUUUGAGCAACGAGGCGCGUUUAAACAUUCUGUAUACGAAUUUGGCACCCGACCUAUAGUGCGGUAUGCAUUUUUUUAAUAUUCAGUUUAAUGUUAAAACUUGCCCGAGCGUUUUAAUGCAUCUGGCGCCAAAUACGUAUACAGAAUGUUUAAAUGCAAACGGCACCUCAAUUAAAACCAUCUACAAAACUAUUUUUAUGCUUUCUUGGCUUUUAUUUUAAUUUUUUAUUAUCAAUAUCAUUUUUAAUUAUAUAAAUUCGGAUUUGUAGUUGGGUUUAGGUCUAUAUGAAUAUAAAAUAUUAACAAAAAAGUGUAUAUAUUAAUUAUAUUAUCAUGGGUUGGUUAUGUAUGUAUUAGUUACCAUAUAUUUAUGUUUUUAGAAAUGCGCUUAUUUAAAAAAAGGUUUUAGAUUGACUUACAGGGCGGUUGAAUUAAUAAAAACACAUUUUAUAAUUAUAUUCGGUAGUUUUAACUCCAUAAAAAUAUUAUGACCGAAAAAGUAACAUGAAAUAUUUUUAGGUUAUGUAAGAGUCAAAAAAUAUAUUAUUUUAAAAUUACUAUAAUCGAUUACUACACGAUUUUCCUGUGUCCAAAGCUUGGUGUUACUAAAAAUCAAAUGCUAAAUUUGACAAACAAUGUCAAAUGUCAAAACUUUUCAUUAAAUGUCAAACUUUGUCAAAUACAUUUUUUGAGAUUUUAAGAUCCAAAAGGGCCUCGGAAUUUAAGGUCAGGUCAUCUGUCAAAUUAAUUUUCUUUCAUUUUUUUUCAAAAUUUUAUGGAAUGCGUUUUUUUUCUUCACUUAAAUUUGUGUACAUUUCGGAAACUCAGAAAAUCGACAUUUUUUAUGGCUGUCAUAAGGUUUUAAAAUUGAAUGAGAUACCUACCAACAUUGCGAAAAAAUAAAAUAAAACAAACGCGUUAAUUGUCAUUGUAUUACGUGAGUUGACUUUUGUUUGUAAUAAAUUUUGACAUUUCGGCUUAAUUUCUUGACCAUAACAUAAAAUGAGUUUUUUUUAAGUCGGGCAACCCUGUGAAACUAUUGUUUGUUUUGCUAGAUUUGUUAGAUCAAAUAAUAUCAAAAAAAGUAUAUAUUACAAAAUAAAUCAAUAAUUAUAAUAACUUCUGUGUAUUGUAUUACAUACUACUAAAAAUAUUGAUAAGGGUUUUUACUAUAUUUAAUAUAUUGAUCUAAAGGCUGCACUACAGAGAAUAGGUGGGGGCGGGUUGUGGCAACGUUGCCCCCGUAGUUUUACAUACUACUACUACUACUAAAAAAUAUAUAUUUAAUAAAUAUAAUAUUAGUGUUUAAUCACUUAAGACUGGUAUAGAUCAUGUCAAUAUUCUAGCUAAAUAGUAAAUGGUGUAACAUGCCGUUUAAUUGGUGAUAGGCUAUAGUUGUAUAUGUAUAAUUAACUAUUAUUAUUAUGAUUAUUAACUUUUGUAAGUAACCAUGGAUUUUCGGAUUUUUUCGUCAGCAUUUUUAAUACAUUUUGUAUGCGUGUGAGGUCGGUGGACUUUUUCUUGCUUUUGGGUCCACGUAAUAAAACAAAAUGAUGUAAAGUACAAACCACAUUAAGCAUUUGUUGACUUAUAUAUAGAUAGAUAGAUUUAUGGAGAUUGUAAAUAUUAUUUUUUCCUUUUAUUAUUAUUAUUAUUGGUAAAUUUUCAGUGUCGAUUGUACAUAACAAAAUGAAUUGCGUUGUUUUUGUUAAAUCCUGUCUUAGUGUGUAUUAUAUUGAAUUUUGGCGCCCAAAGGCCAACAAAAGUCCACCGUUCGCACUAGGUGAUUAUUAAUAUUUCGUUAAGUACAAAUGCUUACAUUUUAUACUAUUACUAAACAAAAUUCGAGAUACUAUAACACUGCUGUUUUUUAUCUUAGGCAUAUAUAUAUAUAGUGUCAGUCAUAUAUAGCUGUUUAAAAUAAAAAUGUACCUAGUUAAUUGAUUGAUGAGAAAAUUAUAUUUGCACCCGUUUUCCAUUUUUAAUAUUUAGGACAAUCUUAGAGUCAGUUGUUUUGUGAAAGUGUUUUUACAAAGCCAAUGUACAAAAUUUUAACGAUUUACAAAUUGUAUGCUUCAAAAAAGAAUUACACGAUUUAAAUAGAUUAGCGUAAAUGUUUAUAAAACACCUACAAAUAUAUAGAGUUGGUCCUGUCCAAAACGAAACGAAAUAUACUGCUAAUGGUGAAAACAGCCGAUUUCUUAGCAUAUCAUUGAUAUCAUUUCGUUAAUUUCCGAAACUUUAAAAAUUAUGUUAAUCUGUGGUAACUCUAAAACAUUAGCAGGGUAAUACAGAGAAUUUUUGUGAUUAUUUGUAAAAAAAUCGUCCAUUAUCUGGAUGCCUAUGGAAACAGUUUCUUUGAAAACAAAAAAAUAAAUUUAAUUGGUAAUUCAGAACAUAAACGUUCUAAAUUUCGACUGUAUCGCGAAAAUCAACAAAAACAACGAAAAAAACCGAAAACUGUUAGCAUAACCUCAAAUUUUGACACGUCCGCAAUCCUAACCUCGAAUUUUGACGUUUACAUAGUGAAAUAUUGACAGGUGUCAUAUUUUUGGUUGUUUUUGGGUUUUUCGCGACUAUUAAUGACUGCAUUAAUUAACCUGCCACAAAAAACUGUUAGUUGGACCAAAUAAAAAAAUACUGCGCGCGUUCGGCAUUCAUUAUUUUUUCGUUUCAACAAAACAGACUUUUGAAUUUUGGUUUUUACUCACUAAAAAAAUUAAUAAAUAACUAGUGUUGGCGAACGCGUCGGUAUUUGAAAAAAAUAUUUUCAAAUAUUUCGUACAAAAUACCUAGGGGAUUUGUUUCAUUGAUUGUUAAUUAACUUAGAUAUUAUGUGAUUUUGGCCUCAAGACCAUAUUAAUAUUAAUUGUAAACUUAAUGUAAUAUAGAUAUUUGCAUGUAACAUAGAUUUAUAACUGUAAAAGCUUGCAUAGAAAAUUUAUUACAUAUUUUAGUAUGUUUUUCUCUAUAAUAUGAAUUAAUGUUGCCUUUUUGUCAAAAACCAUCUUUGUCGGUGCGAAAUCUACAGCAAACGCGCCGUUUGCUGGACCUUUCGGCAUUAAUAAAGUCUUCUCAAGGCUUAAAAACGAUUUUUAUUUACAAAACACCUCCAAAAACCCUUUAUUUAAUCAAAAUUUGAAUUCUC